UCUAGAAUGUCUCCCCUAUUGAGAUAAGAUAACUGUCGGAUACUAUUUUUUAACUUCAAUAGUUGGUUAACGGAGUUAGUCCGUGAUAAAUUCAUCAAUCUUCACAAUCGCCCUAAACUAAUAUUUCAUAACUGAAUAAAAUUUGCCAUAAAUAAAUGACUUUAGAGCUUAUUUUAUAUAAACAACUUGUAAUUGAAUUAGAUCUUUGUAUCGAUUCUUCAACACUACUGUAUCAUUGACUUAAAGAAAACCGGUAUUCAAAACAGUUUCCAGUUGAUAUAUGGAUCCUUCAGAUGAGAGAGAAACAAAAGAUGAAAUAGCACAAUCAGUUAGCAGACAAGAUAGUCAAAUUCUAAAAGAAAGUGUUAUUAAAAGUAUUUAUGAUUCACUUUCUUCGGCAAAAAGUCGAAAAGUCACUUUAAAUCAAAUAUGUCGUUGUUUACAAAUGCUUAAUCAAUGUCCGACUUCAGCUACUUUGGAUAAAAUCUAUUCUGAUUAUACACCUGAAGAUAUGGAAGGGAUUGGACCAGAGAGUAUUGCUAUAGAUUUGGAUCAAUUUACUGAAAUAAUUCAAACAUAUUCCUAUACAAGAGAGGAAAGAUUGAAUCAAUUGAAUAAUGCAUUUCUGUUCUUUGAUAAAAAUGAAUCUGGUGUCGUGGAUACAGAACCAAUGAAAACAAUGCUGUUAACUGUCGGUGACUGUUUUACAGAUAAGGAGUGUAAUGAAUUUUUUAAAGAAGCUGCACCUGGAACAGAUGGCAAAUGGCCUUAUGAUGAUUUUGUCAAAAAGCUGGUCGAUGCUUAUCCACGUCCACAAUCAAAGAAAGCGAGAUCUGCAGGAACAGGUAAAAAGAGGAGUGCUAGAAAAUGAUUAAUUUUUUUAAUUAACAGUUCAUAAACCGUAAUGGUUUACUUUUUCAAGAACUUAUAAAAUAUUGAAGAAUGAUUAGAUCUAUGUUACGUAUUCAAUAUGUAUUCAAUAUUUAAAUAUAUUUUAUGAUUGCACUUGUA